CAAUUAUUUUUUUUUUGGAUUUUUGUUGUUUACUCACUCAAAGGCCGAAGCUUUUUGUUCUGCCAAAUGGGGUUCUUGGUUGUUGAGCUACAAUUAAUCUCCUUUGCUUUGACUUGUUAUUUGCUUUAAAUCAUGGAGAGUUCGUCUCCGUUUCCCUUUCUGGGUUUCUCUUUUAUAUGAUAAGCUUCCAAAUUCUGGCUCUGUCUUUUUUGUUUGUGGAGACAAAAAACAUCAAUAGAGAAGUGAGGUUUGUUUGUUUCAUUUGGGAAAGGGGGCAAUGAAGUGUUUUCAUUUCUCUGGUAAAGAGAAGAAUGAUGAACCGAAAACUGCAAAGUCUAUUUCGGUUCGAUCCUCCGAAUCGAUGUCGACCGAUCUCGAAAUGAGGAGAUCAGGGUCUGAGUUUAACUCUCAGAAUGUCUCUGAGAUUAGCAGCACUGGAUCUUCGACCACCAAGAACUCGUUUGCUGCUUUGUCUCAAAGACAGAGUAAUCUCAGGGAGUUCACAUUCUUGGAGUUGAAGGCUGCAACGAAGAACUUCGGUCGGUCCUUGAUGAUCGGAGAAGGCGGAUUCGGCUGUGUGUAUCGAGGUGUAAUCAGAAGCACCGAUGAUUCCACCAAGAAGCUCGAAAUCGCUGUUAAACAACUCAGCAGAAGAGGAUUGCAGGGGCACAAAGAAUGGGUGACUGAAGUUAAUGUUUUAGGGGUAGUUGAACACCAAAACCUUGUCAAACUGUUGGGUUACUGUGCUGAGGAUGAUGAAAGAGGGAUACAGAGGCUACUGAUUUAUGAGUACAUGUUGAACCGGAGCGUGCAGGAUCACUUGUCAAGCCGGUUUCAUACGACUCUUCCUUGGGCCACAAGAAUAAAAAUCGCUCGGGAUGCUGCUCGGGGCUUAUCGUACCUCCACGAAGGAAUGGAUUUUCAGAUUAUCUUCAGAGAUUUCAAGUCUUCCAACAUACUCUUGGAUGAGCAUUGGAAUGCGAAGCUUUCGGAUUUCGGGUUAGCCAGACUGGGGCCUUCGGAUGGUUUAAGCCAUGUUUCAACUGCGGUUGUAGGAACCAUCGGAUAUGCAGCUCCUGAAUACAUUCAAACCGGCCGCCUCACGGUCAAAAGCGAUGUAUGGAGCUACGGAGUUUUCCUUUAUGAGCUCAUAACUGGUAGGCGUCCAUUGGAUCGUAACCGCCCCAAGGAUGAACAAAAGCUCUUGGACUGGGUGAGGCCACACCUAUCUGAUAAGAAGAGGUUCGUGCUGAUCUUGGACCCGAGGCUUGAAGGCAAUUAUUCCUUCAAGUCCGCUCGUAAACUCGCAAUGGUAGCCAACAAAUGCUUGGCUCGGCAGGCGAAACAACGCCCGAAAAUGAGCGAAGUUCUACAGAUGGUGAAUGAAAUCAUGGAAACUGAAGAUGUGGUAAGCCAUCAGCCCACUACAAAGAGUUCAAUUCAGAAACAUGCUUCUGAACUAUCGAAACGAGAGCGCUUGAAAAGAAGGUUCGUUGAUCUGAUAACCGGGGACAAAGUGUGUUCGGUUUGGCGAACAUGGAGACCGAAGAUCGUGAGAACUACAUAAACAAAACUAUUUAGUUCGAAUUUUGUUGACGUUCAUAUAUUCAUGUAAAAACAAUUGUAAAGGUUUUGUGGGAAUCAUCAAAUGC